AUGGACUACAAUUCGAUCGUUUUUCGUGAAUUUACACAUGAAUCGAUACAACGAAUUGAACGAUAUCGUCAAGAAGAAGCCGAACGUAUCGCUUCCGAACGAUUACAGCGACAAACCAUCCAUGAAGAGGAAAGUGAGCAACACAAUCCUAAACGAAAGUCAUCAAAGUUAGAACCUAUCGACUCGAAACGAAAAGCAAACAAAGAAUUAGCAGUUGGACAAAUUCUACCCAGAACUCUACAAGCGAAGUUUCCAGCGGAACUAAUCGGCAAACCAAUCGAAGAAAUCGAUUGGUAUUAUCGAACAGAAUAUGUCUUUGUGGUUAUCAAUCAAAAUAAAACUAUAUUUCGGUUUAGUUCAACAUCUGCAUGUUUUAUUUUUUCUCCAUUCAAUCCCGUUCGACGUUUUGCCAUACGAAUAUUAACACAUUCAUUGUUUAGUACAUUUGUUAUGCUGACUAUAUUGACAAAUUGUAUAUUUAUGACAUUGAAAAAUGUUCCUGAUACGAAUGAAUACGUUUUCACGUUUAUUUAUACAACAGAAGCAUUGAUUAAAUGCAUCGCACGAGGAUUUAUUUUGAAGAAAUUCACAUUUUUACGUGAUGCAUGGAAUUGGCUAGAUUUUACUGUUAUUACAUUAGCGUAUAUUACGUUCUUUGUCAACUUGGGCAAUGUUUCUGUACUUCGAACAUUUCGAGUGUUGAGAGCGUUGAAAACAGUUGCGGUUGUUCCUGGUUUAAAGACGAUUGUUGAUGCUUUAAUACAAUCGUUGAUUUGUUUACGUGAUGUCACGGUUUUAUCAAGUUUUAUACUUUCAAUAUUUGCAUUGGUUGGUUUACAACUCUAUAUGGGUGUUCUUCGACAAAAGUGUGUAGUUUCUUACGAAUCGUUUAUUAAUAUCACGCAUGCGAUACCGAAUGAAUUCAAUACGUCAUAUGAAUAUUAUCGGCACGAGAUUAACAACAGUAGUACGUUUUGUCUUUGCAAUGUUCGGCAAGCUUCAUUUGCAUUUCUAGCUUAUUGGUAUCAAGAGGACGAAGCUUUUGUUCUUUGUGGUAAUGCAAGUGGUAGUCGAAAAUGUCCCGACGGUUACGUCUGCUUGAAAAAUCUAGGCAUCAAUCCUGACUAUGGAUAUACCAGCUUUGACAGUUACGGCCGAGCUAUGCUUUCAUGUUUCCGCUUGAUGACACAAGAUUAUUGGGAAAAUCUCUAUCAAUUGGUGCUUACAGCCGCCGGUCGUUACCAUUUUUUGUACUUUGUUGCUGUUAUAUUUUUUGGCUCGUUCUAUUUGGUAAACUUGAUCUUAGCCAUUGUUUCAAUGUCAUAUCAAGAACAACAGAAGAAAGUUCGCGCUGAAAACGAAGAACGUGAACGACGCAAAGUCGAAGAUGAACUCGAACAACAAAAUGAACAAGCAAAAAUUGCUUCUCUCUCUGAAAGAUCCUCGGCCGUCGACCAAGGACAAUAUUUUCAUAAUGUCUUACUUUUUGAAAAUGCAGAUCGAAAGAUUUCCACAUCAGGCCUCUCGAUUGAAUAUGAAGAUAAUCAUCGAAGAAAUGAAUCGAAAGAUAUGCAAUCACUUCGCCCAUCACCGUUAAUGUUCGAAUUUGAUGAUAUUGAUGUCGUUUAUUCCAAUCCAAUCACCAUUGAUGAUACAACUAUACCGUUUUUCGAUGAAUCUCAAAGAAAUUCGAUUCGAGAAGAUAAAAAAAGUCAACGAACAAGAAACAUUUCGUUCGAAUCAGAGCAAGCCAAACGCGACAACGAUUCCACUAUCACACUUUGUCAACCCAAACCUCAUGUGAGAUAUCCUCCGAUUUUGGAAAUUUCCGCACCUUCUAACGGCGAAAUUGCAAGUGUUCAUUCGCAAAUUUCAGAAAAAAUCGAUCUAUGCGACCGCCCUAUGAUGAAGCUGCUGCGAAUCUACUGCUUCGAAUGGGACUGUCAAGUACCAAUUUUCAAAAAAUUUCAAGAAACGGUUGCCUAUUUUAUGUUAGAUGCAUUCGUUGAUCUGUUUAUAACGAUAUGCAUUGUUUUAAAUACACUGUUCAUGGCACUUGAUCAGCAUGGACAAAGCGAAAGAAUGACGCGGAUACUGACGACGGGCAAUUAUGUUUUUACCGGUAUAUUUACCACUGAAGCAAUAUUGAAGAUCAUUGCAAUGGCACCAGUCAAAUAUCUCAAAGACGGAUGGAAUGUCUUUGAUCUGUUUAUCGUUACACUAAGUCUAGUCGAAUUAGGACUUGCUAAUAUAAAAGGUCUUAGUGUUUUACGCUCAUUUCGCUUGUUACGUGUAUUCAAGCUCGCGAAAUCAUGGCCAACAUUGAAUCGACUGAUGUCGAUCAUCGGCAAAACGAUUGGUGCGCUAGGAAAUUUAACAUUUGUUGUUGUCAUUAUUAUAUUUAUAUUUGCUGUCAUGGGCAUGCAGUUAUUCGGUCAAAAAUACACAGAUGAGUUUGGUAAAGAUAUGCCGAGAUGGAACUUUUGUGAUUUUUUUCAUGCAUUUAUGAUUGUCUUCCGUGUUUUGUGUGGAGAAUGGAUCGAAUCAAUGUGGGUGUGUUUGAAAUGUGCCGGCUGGCCAUGCUAUCCAUUUUUCUUAUUUACUUUUGUCAUUGGCAAUCUUGUGGUAUUAAAUUUAUUUUUGGCUCUCCUACUUGCAUCAUUUGGUUCGAAUGUUCUGGCUGAACGUGAGAAAGAGGAUGAUGACAACAAGAUUGGUGAAGCAAUCGAACGUCUUCAACGAUGUUUUCGCUUUCUAAUCCAUUCUAUUUUUCGUCUAUUUUCACGUGUAAAACAAGCGCAAGAUACAGCUGUUACCGAUAAUCAUCUAGAUAGAACUUUAUUUCACGAUCGAUCUACACGUGCAUCACUCUCACUGUCAAUAACGUUUGAUCAAGAGAAAAUCAAUGAUUCGGUGAAAAUGAAUGAAGACAUCGAAAUGAAACUAAUGAGUAGUCAUUCGAAUACUCCUCCAACAUCUCCCAUCGAUCUGUAUCAUCACAUGCCACCACCUGAUUGUUGCCCCAAACUAAUUACGAAACAUUUAUCAUGUUGUGCAAAAUGUAUACCAAAACCUAUCCGACAGAAGUGGACCUUUUUCCGUAGCAGAGCUCUGCAACUGGUUGAACAUCGCUUUUUCGAACGAUUAAUCAUCGCUAGCAUCUUAGCAAGUAGCACAACUUUGGCUUUAGAAGAUAUUAACACUCGUCAACAACCAAUCUUUUACAAGAUACUAGUUGUAUUGGACAAACUUUUUACGGUGAUUUUUACUAUUGAACUAAUUCUGAAAUGGUUUGCGUACGGAAUCAAAAACUAUUUUACGAAUGGCUGGAAUUGGCUAGAUUUUGUCAUCGUGCUAGUCAGCGUUCUUGGAAGUCUUCUCGAUUGGCUUGGUGUAGCAGAUAUCCCUGCAUUUAAAUCUAUGAGAACACUACGAGCUCUACGUCCAUUGAAGGCACUUUCAAGAUUCGAAGGGAUGAGAGUUGUUGUCAAUGCGUUGGUUGGUGCUAUACCAUCAAUUUUCAAUGUGCUGUUAGUUUGUCUCGUGUUCUGGCUGAUUUUUUCAAUCAUGGGUGUUCAGUUAUUCGGUGGCAAAUUCUAUAAAUGCGUUUAUGUUAAUACACACGAUCGAGUCAGUAUAUCAGAAGGUGUCACAAAUAAAGAGGAUUGCCUAAGAAAGAAUUUCACAUGGGAAAAUUCUCGAGUCAAUUUUGAUAAUGUUUUCAAUGGCUAUUUAGCUUUAUUUCAAGUAGCGACUUUCAAAGGGUGGAUUGAAAUAAUGGCCGAUGCAUCCGAUGCUAAAGAAGUCGAUGUCCAACCGGAAUAUGAAAAUAAUGUUUAUAUUUUGGUUUAUUUUGUUUUCUUUAUCAUUUUCGGCUCAUUUUUCACUCUGAACCUAUUCAUUGGUGUUGUUAUUGAUAACUUCAAUCAACAAAAACGAAUUUUAGGAGGUGGUGGCUCGAUAGAAAUGUUUAUGACCGAUGAUCAAAAGAAAUAUUAUAAUGCGAUGAAGAAAAUGGGUACCAAAAAGCCAACGAAAGCUUUACCAAGACCCCGAUUUGCUCUAGCAAGAUUCUUCUUUGAUGUGACCACCAAUCAAAAAUUUGACAUUUUCAUCAUGAUAUGCAUUUUACUUAAUAUGCUCUGUAUGUGUCUGGAACAUGAUGGGCAAAGCAAAACGUUCGAACGAGUCUUGGGCUACAUCAAUAACUUUUUUAUCGCUUUAUUUACCAUUGAAUGUGUUAUGAAAUUGAUCGCAUUAAAUUUCAAGUAUUUUACUAUUCCAUGGAAUGUCUUUGAUUUUAUUAUUGUGAUUUUAUCCAUUCUUGGUCAUGUUUUAGGAGAAAUUAUAGCGAAAUUAUUUCUUAAUCCGACUAUAUUACGCGUUGUUCGCGUUGCUCGUGUUGGAAGAGUUCUACGUUUAGUUAAAGGUGCAAAAGGUAUUCGAACCUUACUUUUUGCAUUAGCUGUCUCCAUGCCAGCUUUGUUUAAUAUCGGUCUUCUUCUUUUUCUUGUCAUGUUUAUCUAUGCAAUAUUUGGAAUGUCGUUUUUUGCGUAUGUCAGAAAAUCAGCUGGUGUCACUGAUCUAUUCAACUUUGAAACAUUUCCCAAUUCGAUGAUUGUACUCUUUCAAAUGUGUACAACUGCCGGAUGGUCAGGCGUUUUUCAAGCACUAACCAAUGAUAAGCCACCGGACUGUGAUCCGACGAUAAAAUCACCUUCCAAUCGAGGGGAUUGUGGAAUAACAGCGAUCGCUAUACCAUUCUUGGUUAGCUAUCUGAUCAUCAGUUCUCUAGUUGUGGUUAAUAUGUAUAUCGCAGUUAUACUUGAGAACUUCUCUCAAGCUCAAGAAGAUGUACAACAAGGAUUGACUGAUGAUGAUUAUGAUAUGUAUUACGAAAAAUGGCAAUAUUUAGAUCCAUCCGGUUCGCAAUUUAUACGUUACGAUCAAUUAUCUGACUUCGUCGAUGGUCUUGAACCGCCGUUACGUAUACCAAAACCGAAUCAACUGCUAUUAGUCGCUAUGAAUAUUCCAAUUUGUGAAAAUGAUCGCAUUCAUUGCGUUGAUAUACUCGACGGCCUGACAAAACAUUUUCUUGGUACAUUAGAUGCAUUACCAGCAAAUAACGAAGCAGAAACUCCAAUCGACAUCAGAAAAGAUCGCCCGAAGGACUACUAUCCAAUCACAACGACUAUUCAACGCCAGCGUGAAAACUACUUGAGUCGAAUUGGUCUUAGAGGUUUUCGAUAUAACGUUAGUCGAUGUCGAACUAUACGACAACAUCAAGAACCGAAGCUGACAAGAGCUCAAAUCGAUGAAUUGAUCGAAUUUGAUGCAUUAGGUACACCUGCUCUACUACCAUCUCAUCAAUCGAAUUUCACGACAAGAAAAUUAGUCCGACAACAACGGCUCACUGAUUCCGAUAUCAUAUCCAAUUGCUCAUUUGGAAUGUGA